GAUCGGACGAGGCAUCUGCACAAAACGGUCCAGACCUUUCUGGACUUAACAACAACAACUCUUAGAUUUGUAAGUGAAAAGAUGAUCUCGUUGCCGGCUCUAAUCAUCGCAGCGGUAGCGCUCUUCGUAAUCUACUUGAUCAAAAUCAAUCGGGAUAGACCGGAAAACUUUCCACCAGGUCCUCCGAAGUUGCCAGUUUAUGGAAGCUACUGGUACGUGCUGAAGGAGAAUUUCCAGUUCGCGCACAGAGCUUUGGAUGGUUUAGCUAAAAAAUACAAGACGGACAUCCUCGGUUUCUAUUUGGGAGACACUCCGGCCGUCUGCACGUUCUCCACUGAACUGAACAAAGAGCUCCUCACCAAAGACGAGUUCUACGGAAAAGCGGAAUCCAUCCUGACUCAAGCUCGCGGCAACGGGAAGCGCAUCGGCAUCUUCUUCGUGGACGGCAUGUACUGGCAGGAUCAGAGGCGUUUCACCCUUCGCCAUCUGAGGGAUUACGGUUUCGGUCGCAGGUCGGAGAACUUCGAGCAGUUCACCAUCGAUCAGAUCCAACACAUGAUGGACUUGCUGUUGAGCGAUCCAAGACCCGAAGAUAAGGAUAUCUGCAGGGCCAAGGGGGAAGUGCUGAUGCCCGACAUCGUUUACGGUUACUUCAACAACUUGAUGUGGUAUCUCUUGUCCGGAAGGUCGCACGACCUGAAGACCUGCAGAGAUUUAAGCCGCGCCGCGCUCGGUUUCCAGAGGGCCGGAGAUGUCCUCGGCGGAGCCAUCAGCAUCACUCCGUGGUUGAGGCAUAUCGCUCCGACUUUCUUCGGUUACACUUCGGCUGUUGAGGACAACAGAAAGAUGUACGUCUAUUGCGAGGAAAUUGUUAAAGAGCAUAUGGCCACUUACGACGCUGAUCACCACAGGGACUUCAUCGACGAUUACAUAUUUGAGAUCAACAAACUUGAGUCGCAGGGCAUCUACAAUACAUCGUUCAAUGUCGAGCAGAUGACGUUCAUCGUGAUGGACUUCAUGUUCCCGGCUCCAAUCGCUAUGGGACACACCACCAAUUUCCUCUUCGGUUACCUGGUCAACUACCCCGAGGUGCAGAGGAAAAUCCAGGAAGAAGUCGAUUUGGUUGUGGGCAGAGGAAGACUCCCUUGCUUGGAUGAUAGGAAAAACAUGCAUUAUACCGAGGCGACGAUUCGCGAGAUCUUGAGGAAGGAACCGGCCAAUCCACUGGGAUUGACGAGAACGAGCACCGCCGACACCACCCUCGGCGGAUACUUCAUCCCCAAGGGAACCGUCGUCAUGACGAACGUUCAUUCGGCCCAUAACGACCCCAAGGUUUGGGGCGAUCCGGAGAACUUCCGUCCGGAGCGCUGGAUCGAAGCCGAUGGAACUUUGACGAAGAAAGAUCAAACGUUAGGUUUCGGUGCAGGUAAGAGAGUAUGCGGCGGCGAGACCUUCGCCAGACACACCAUGUUCCUGUUCCUCUCGUGCCUCCUGCAAAACUUCACUUUCCUUCCACCUAAAGGCGAGCAAAAGCCGGAUCUCAGCAAACGCAUCUUCGGCAUCAACAUCUCACUCCCGGACUUCUGGAUGUACGCAGAGCCGAGAACCUGAAAAACCCUGUAUUUUCACAUUCCGAAAAUACGUGAAGAAUUCUGAAAAUGUUUUAAUUUUUCAUUUUAUUUAUUACCUAAGCUUUGUUACUGCUGUUUAUAUAAAUAUUUAAAGAGA